AUGUCUUUUCUUGCUUCGGACAGCCUGAGAACAUGUGUCUCCCAGUCUUUUUUUCCUAGGGACGUCGCAUCUCUGCCAGACUCCACAGCCGACGAUUCGUUGUUUACAGACAGGUCGAUUUGGAGUAUCAUCUGGAGCUGUACUGCUACUAUCUUUGCCUGUACAUGGAUUUCUGUCCACCAAAAUGUCCCAGCUCCGAACGAUAGCUCAAUACGCGUCCUGGGGCGAAGGCUUGCCAUCAUGUUGAACUUGUUUAUCGCGCCUGAGAUGGUGAUCGUGUGGACGACCCGUCAGUAUCUGGCGGCUUCGGUGAUCGUUAAACGACACAAGUCCAGAGGUUGGACCAAAACACACGCAUUCUUCGUCAUUAUGGGCGGAUUUUCCCUGUAUCAAGAUGGGGUCCUUUUGCGAACUCUAGAACUAAGUGAACUGGAAAGGUUAGAUCAGGAGGGAAAAAUCGAAUGGCCUACCAUUACCGAAGCCGAAAUUCAGGACAAAAGCAAAGGCGACUUCUUUACAAAGGGUAUCGUGGUGCUGCAGACGACAUGGUUCGUCGUCCAGUGCAUUGUCAGAGGAACCAAAAGGCUGGUUCUUACGGAGCUUGAAAUCGUAACGCUUGCGUUUUCCGCUAUCACAAUCAUCACCUAUGCACUAUGGUGGAGCAAACCCCUCGACGUCCAAGUUUCUGUUCCUGUCCAUUUGAAGAAAGGUUGUUCUGCCGAUCCUGAGCCCACAGAACCGGAAGAAGAAAAGGGUGAAACUAAAUCCACUUCUGUCGAUGCUGUUAGCGAAGCUAUCGACCCAGUUCCGAGCGGUAGUGAGGUCGUUCAGCUACCCGGACCGCCAACCCAGGCUGUAGACACCGAAGUCCCCCUUCUAGCCUCCAUGCCUACAGCUGAAAUACCAGCCUCAAGUGACGCCGAUGUAGAGUCCCAAAGCGACUCCUUGCAUUCCAAACUUGCCACCCAAGUACCCCCGCCGACCUUCGACCGCCCUUAUCACGAUCCCAGCUUAAGUUUACUCCAGCAAUUUCGAGUCUAUCUCAAGGUGAAACGAGAAGAAUAUGGUCUAAUCGGAUGCAUAUUAUACAUAGUUAUAUAUCGUCCACUCGCCAUGUUUUUUGGCGGUUUUUACGAUAUGCUUUUCUGCACCACCCUCGAGGGAAGGCGCUAUCGUGUACCGACCUUCUACUGCCCGCCAAUUGAAGAUGACUCCCUGGGCAUUGUGCUAGCCAUCUUCGUUGCUCUCGUAUUUGGUGGAAUCCACUGCAUCGCAUGGUCAUUCCACUUCCCAACCGAUAUCGAGAAAUGGGCCUGGAGAGUAUCUUCCGUCUUAGUCUCCGGCAUUCCCCUCGCCGUAUCAUUUCUCUCCGUGUUGACCGCGUCAACUAGCACAAAAGAAGAUGGAAAAGAUGUUUAUUCCUCUUCCGUGAUUGAGUGGAUCGACAAUAUAACCAUUGUGAUUUUAGUUCUUUCCGUUUUAACCUACAUAGCCGCUCGUGGGGUUCUUCUCGUAUUGCCAAUAAUUGCUCUUAGGGCCUUGCCGCCUGGAGCUUACGUUGACUUAAACUGGACCGUUUAUCUUCCUCAUAUUUAG